UCACAGAGUGACACGUGGAGUCUUAUCUACGCGUACGGGGAAACGGAUCCAGAUGAGGAAGAUCCCUUCUACCAUGGACGGGACCGUCGCGGCGUGCAUGCCAUCAAUCUCCUCGACCCACAAAUCGGGGAUAUUCCGGACGAGCCAGACUUGAAAGAGUGGGGAAUAUUGAACGACAUCAUCAUCCCGCCCAUUCAUACAUCUUAUUGGUGCAGCGUAUUCAAAGCACCUCAGAUCGACACCAAGCAACAUAUUAUUGGGGUACCAAAUUUUGGAACGGGUAACAUACAUGUUGUCCAUAAAUACCUUCCGUGGGUAACGAAGGGGAACGAGGAGUACGUGCACCACUUCACGUUGUUGACAUGUACAGUGAACGAAGGCGAGGAGUCUGUCCUUGAGCAGUUCAUGCAGGAUUAUCCUAAGGGUUCCAAUUGUUUCGAUCCCGCUGCCUACAUCAUCUAUAGUAAAUGCCGAAGCAUCCUGUCGGCCUGGGCGGUCGGCGGAGUG